AUGACGUACGACCGCCCUGCACCAACCACCGAUGGAUCAGCUUUGUUAUCCACGUUUGAUGCCUUGACCAAAUCCGGGCUUGUUCUCUACGAUGAAAGCCAGAAGGUUGUUGAACAUACAGACGGGGGCCUGAAGGUUCGCUCCUUCCACUUUGUUCUUACCAAAGCUCUUAUCAAGAAGCCGACCUUAUCUACACCAGACCAGUCAUCAGCAUCCGGAAGCGGCUUAUCGAAACAACUCACCCCUGGUAGCGAUAUCGAUACAAAUGGGUUCGAGAUGGGUCACAGUGAGAGUAGCACUCACUUUCUUAUCGCCAACAAAUUUUGCUUCUCACGACCUCACCUCAUGAUGCUCACUCGCGACGGGUAUUGUAGGCAAUAUGAGCCUCUGAACAAGACCGACUUUGAAGCUGCGUGGGGCACUCUAGCUUCCUUGAACGACGCAACAAAAGACUAUGUUGUAUUCUUCAACUGCGGCAAAGAUGGCGGCUGUAGCAGACUGCACAAGCAUGUACAGCUGAUGCCUCUUCCCGCCAGUGGUUUUGCGGUCGACUUUUUGAACUCAGAUAGUACCAAGGAACCAAAGGUACCUUUCGAAUGGUUCUACCAACGAUUUCAAGACAGUGCCGUCUCAGCUUCGCAAGUGGCCGAGACUUAUCUAAAACUUCUCCAGCAGGCGACGGAAACUUGGAAAGCUAGCACUGGAAAGGAUGUACUAGAUGGACAGGCGUGCCCGCACAAUGUAGCUUUCACGUCUCGCUGGAUAGUUAUUAUCCCUCGUCGUAAAGCGGCUGUCAACAAAGAGGCCGGCGUGAAUUCUUUGGGUAUGUUAGGGAUAAUUGCCGUGGCUACCGAGAAGGAGAUUGAGAACUGGGUGAAACUUGGUCUGACAAAUUCGCUCAGUGAGCUUGGAGUUUCGAGCGGUGUCGGUGUAAUUUAA